ACACAAAACAAAAUCACACGCGUUCAUUUCCCCCUCCUCCAGUCUCCAGAUCUACGCUCCCUCUCAUUUUCUCUCUCCACCAUUUCCUCCCUUUUCGCUCUGCCCAUCCCCAAAAAAAUAUCCAAUUUUCUGGAAUUUGCAUUUCUUCUUCUUCAUUCGUCGCUCAAUUUUGGAUUUUUUUUCCAAUAAUCAAUCGAUUUCUUCAUUAUAAUCAAUCGAUUUCGGGUUCUGUUUACAAAUUUCACUCCGAUCCGCAUCAAUUCCGCUGAUUUCGCUACCGAAUCUGUACCAAAUUCACUAAUAUCCGCUGAACAAAAUAAUAAUCAAGCAUUUGUGUUACUUGUUUUUUUUUUCCCGGAGUGAUUAAAAUGAAAAUUCGGAUUAUUGUUAUGAUGAUGAGGUGAAGAUUGGAGAAGGAAAGGCGUUUUGGAUCCGCCCUCAGGGUGGUGGAGGGAGGAAAGUGAUGGACUUUGGUCGUAGGAGAGAGAGUAUAAAUGGUAAUGGAUAUGGCUAUAACACUGGAAAUAGCAAUGGAAAUGGCCAUGGAAAUGGAAAUGGAAGUGGAAAUGGUUUCAUUUACGAUCGUUUUGGUUUCGAGGAGAGAGAAUGUGGCGAUGGACCAAUAACAGCUGAUUGUUUCAAGGUUUCUUCAUCAUCAACGAAUUCCUCGCCGUCUUCGUCUUCAUCUUCUCCGUCGCGGUACAUCGAGCAUCAUGUCACCAAGUUGGAUACUCUUGCUGGUGUUGCAAUCAGAUACGGUGUUGAGGUUGCCGACAUUAAGAAGUUGAACGGCUUGGUGACGGAUCUUCAAAUGUUCGCCCUCAAGACGCUUCAGAUUCCACUCCCUGGAAGACACCCUCCUUCUCCUUGCUUAUCUAAUGGUCACAGCACUACAGGACCAAGCAGCUCAGAGCAGACUCCAUUACGUCGUGUGCGUACUGAUCUCUUGGAAUCAUUCCAAUCUUUGAGAAUUACUCCAGAGCAGAAGGUCUCGCCUGCCAUGAGUUCUUUAAGAGGCUACUACGGGCUUAGUGAACAAAAAAAGUGUUCGGAAGGCUUUGAAAUGGCACUUUACAGCAAAGGAAGUACCAGUUACGGUCAAAAUGAGGGUUUUACGUCACCAUCACUUUUAAACCCACCUCUUAGUCAACAUAGAAGAUCUAGAAGCGUGGCUAAUGGGUUUAAAGCAGAGGAGGAUGAUCUGACUAAUGAUAUGGACGAUGCAGCUAGAUGGAUUGAUAACCUCAAUAAGAGACGUCAGAAAUCAGAUGCUGCUUUUGCCCGAACACCUGGAAAAUUAUUGAAGGAAGAGAACACGAGUGGUGGAUGGUUUUCUGCAAUCACAGGGAAAGGAUUAGCUCUGAGAACAAAAGCAGCAAGUAGAACCAAUUUGGUUUCUGACGCUGAAACAGGUGGAUCAAACGGAUUCCCCUUCAGUUUGGGAGACUCGACUACUACAGCUGAAAGUUCAUCUGGAGUAAGGAAGUCAUCCAGCACUCCAAGUUUCCAGGAGCAAGACGGAAAUAGUACGUCUUCAUCUAUAUGGUCAGCGGCAAAAUGGUCCUUGACCCCAGAACUACAAGCUGCCCUCACCAAACCAAUUUUUGAUGGACUUCCGAACCCAAUUAGUGGUCGAAAAUCUAAAGCAGCACUAGACUAGAUGCUGUCUUCACAUUGCUGUUUGCAGUUCUAGUUCUUGAGAUGAUAUAGACUGAGCAUAAAGUUGCAUAAAUUCAUGUACAAGAGCAGCAGAAAGAGGUAGAAAGACCAAGUAGAUGAUGCCCUGUGCUGAUGGUGGGACAAGAUGCAAGCCAAGUGCAUGAAUUUUGUUUACAAGUGACACAUUCAAGGAUACAAUAUGAUACAUAUGAAACAAGCUUAUAUUGCCAGAAAUUUGUUCAUCUCAGGUAUUUUUCAUGUUUCUGCUACAAUUCAGAUCACAGAAAUUUGUAUAUUUAAGUCCUGGGCCGCCUUUUUAUUGGAAAUAAUCAGGUUGAUAGUGAAAAAAAUUAAAAAUUAUUUAUUCCAUUGUAUUAUUUGUUUCCUUAGGUAAAAUGUUGAAUGCUUAGAUAAAGUAGCUGUAGUUUACGUGCUCCAUCUCAGAACAGUAAUCCUUUUGGACUAAUGUUUUGUUGAGAGGUGUAAUUAGUGUGCCAAUUACUGACGGAUAAUGUAUUGGUUAAUAGUCAGGAAUUAUUUGUUAAAAUUUAUUCUUAUUUAAACUAAAAAUAAACCCCUUUUUUCUUUUAUA